AUGCGCUUCUCGGCUUCUGCCAUUGUCGCGGCUCUGCCGCUUCUGGCCUCUGCUCAGCAGGACCCCCUGGGCCAGUACAAGGCUCACUUCCAAACAUUCAUGGACAAAAUCACCUCCCAUAUUCCUAACCCGGGAAUUCACGAUGCUGUUGCUGCCGCCGCGGCCAAGAUUGGCGCCAUGAAGCUUUCCAUCUUGACUCUGGAGAACUGGAAGGAGACUCUCUAUGAGCCCGUUGCCUCCGGCGCUACAGUUCCCGUCGAAUGGUGGGUGCUCAUCACUGGUCGCAACAAGACGUGUUUUGGCCACUGCGGCAAGGUCGAGCAAGCCUUCAACGAGACCGCCGCCAAGUUUGCUCUCCUUCCCGGCUCUCCCCUUAUGGGCAUUCUCAACUGCGAUGAUCAGCCCAUCCUCUGCAAUGCGUGGUCGGCUAGCGUGGGCAGCCUCUGGUCCUUCAGCGUGCUUCCUCCUCCUGCUCCCGUUGACAUCUACAAAAAGAGACUCAACCUGACCUCGACAACUUCCGACGACCUCGUCGACCUCAAGUCGGAAUCGGCCGAGUCCAAGGACAAGGCUGGUUUCGUUCCCCUCAAUUCUUGGUUCCACCCUUUCAACGGCAAGGUUACCGAGCUUGGUCUUUCGGUUCCCUAUGGCUACCUAAUGUGGGCGUUUGGUCUCGUCCCCAACUGGCUGUUCAUGUUGAUUGUCUCCUUUGCCAGUCGAAGCAUCAUGUCCAACCGCAUGCAACCGCCUAGGCCGGGUGCUACUGGUGCGAGUUCUGCCGGUCAGCGACGACGAGCUCAGUAA